GAUAGGAAGGUGCUGUCUGUUGGUACCUUCUUAGCGCUUUGACGUUUUUUCCGUUUCUUGGUGCUUGUGACUAAGUGACUUGUAGUUAACGUGUGGAACAAUGUGCUGCAAAGACUGUUAGUGUUUUUUUUCUUAAAAAAUGCAAGAUAUUGAAAAUUCUCCGAGUAACGUUAAUGAAAUGUCGCCGUAUUUAGGAUCCAAGUACGAAAGUCCGAUUUCCUCCAGAUCUCCUAGUCCUAAUUUGCCUUCAGCGCAAGCUAACGAGCAAAAAUAUAUGUCGGAUGACGAAAUAUCUGUGGGAUGUCCUAGUCCAGCGUUACAUACAUCCCCGAACUUUCGACAGUCGGUAGAAAACAGUCCUACGUUCUCCACGAACUGUAGAUGCCCUGAAGAAUCCGAGGACUACUUCAAACCGCUGAAAAAACUCAAAAUGGUCGAGGUAGAAACAGAACGAAGACUUUCUCCGACGGUAGAUGUCGAGGAACGACAGGACGGGGUGAAAAGCUUCUCCAUAGCCGACAUCCUCAACCACAAACCCGCCAAACCAACAUGCAAUCGCAUAGUAAGGCCUUGGGAUAUAGAUCCGGAGAUGGAGGCUCACCAGCAAAGGCUGGAAUCGUUUCAUAGACAGUUAAAGGUCCAGCAAUUGGCGCUGUUGAGGCCGGAGUUUGCGUUUAAUGUUAGUUAUACUUCUGAAACUGGUAGUGACCGGUCUUCUAGUGUGGCCAGCGAUUGUUGUUCGCCAGAUAUCAUUCCCGCUGCUGUGCAGAGGCAGAGGCACCACCAGCAGCAACAGCAGGGCAAGCAGCCUGGUGCUACACCUUUGGACGCGCUCUUUCAGAUGACUUCGAAGACUUUUGAUUCUUCGGCGGGGGAGAGUAGUGCCGAUGGCCAGAACCACCUCAACCUCUUCAACAACCGGCAGCAACCAAAGAAAAAGCGGAAAUCCCGCACGGCCUUCACCAACCACCAAAUCUUCGAGCUCGAAAAACGCUUCCUCUACCAAAAAUACCUCAGCCCCGCAGAUCGCGACGAAAUCGCGUCCAGCUUAGGCUUGACCAACGCCCAAGUCAUCACGUGGUUCCAGAAUCGACGAGCGAAGCUCAAGAGGGACAUGGAGGAACUGAAGAAGGACGUGGAAAGUGCGAAACUUUUGAGUGCGCACAAGAGUUUUUUAGAGAAUGUGACUGACUUGGGGAUUUUGAAGAAGAAGGCUAUUAUUAGUGAGGACGAUUGCCCGAAGAAUUUAGUCAUGGCGGAAAAGUAAUGGUGAUAGUAAUGUAGAUGUUAUGUAUUUUGUUACUAAAAAUCAAGGUAUAAGUAUUUUAAUAAUGACAGUCACAACUUAGAGAUCAACAUUGUGAAGUACAUUAUCUUAUUCUUCUAGUGCUGACUCCACUAAUGAAGGUUGUCUAUAACAGCGGUUCUAAACCACCGUGUCGCGACACACUGGUGUGCCGGAAGAACCUAUCAGGUGUGUCGCGAGAUUUACGAAUACGAUAUUUUUAUUUAUAUUUUUUUACUUGUUAUAAUAUACCAAUCCAAAGUAGAGGUUCCAGCUGAAUUUAAAACCUCUACCAUUUCAACUUUACAUGAAAAAGGAAACAAACAAAACUGCGACAUUUACCGUGGAAUAGCAGUUACUAGUACCAUUAGUAAAAUCUAUGGGAAAAUUAUCAAAAAUAGAAUAGAAAGAGAAUACACUGAUAUGGAGGCAGAUGAACAGGCGGGUUUUAGAGCUGGUAGAUCGACUAUAGACCACCUUUUUUGUAUCACUCAACUUAUAGAAAAAAAGGUUGCUGUAGAUCAAGAAGUCCACUUUUUGUUUGUUGAUCUAAAAAAGGCCUACGAUAGCAUCCCCCAAAACAAGUUAUGGAACACUCUAAUACAAACGAACAUCAACUCAAAUCUCAUAACAGCAGUGGAAAAACUAUAUGAUAACGCCAACGCCAAAGUUAAAAUAGGAACGAAUGUUUCCAAAGGUUUUGUAGUAGACAAAGGACUGAAACAGGGAUGCUGACUAUCGCCGACACUUUUCAAAAUAUAUCUGGAACAAGCAUUAAAACUUUGGAAGCGGAGGUGCAGCGGCAUGGGUAUACAAUUAAAUAAUAACAACCUGUACACUCUAUGUUUUGCUGAUGAUCAAAUUGUGAUUGCCAACGAAUAUGACGAUCUGGAAUACAUGACUCGGAAAUUAAUCGAAGAGUACAAAAAAUGGGGAUUAGAAGUUAACAUAGAGAAAACAAUGUACAUGAACAUCGGUGGCAACGAACAGAAUCUAGUUUUAAACGACGGACAACAUAUAAGUACAACAAUAAAUAUCCUUAUUUAGGAGUAGAAAUCACGGACGACGGCAAAUCAGAUCAGGCUAUAAAAAAACGAAACACUCAAGGCAGAAGGGCCAUAUCUCAACUAAAUAGUAUUACUUGGGAUCAACAUAUAUCCAAAAAAAAAAUAAACAUCGAAUAUACAACACUAUUAUAAAGAGCAUAGUAAUGUAUGGAAGUGACGUGUGGCAGUUAAAGACAACUACUGAAAGAACACUACAAGCCACGGAGAUGGACUACCGGAGACGUGCCGCAGGAAAAUCAAAACUCGAAAGAAUUAAUAACGAACGUAUACGAGAGAUUAUGGGAGUCACACAUACGAUUGUCGAAGAUAUAAGAGUACAACAACUAAAGUGGUAUGGACAUGUGCAGAGAAUGCCAGAACACCGUCUGCCAAAACAGAUUCUAGAUUGGUCACCACAUGGAAAGAGAAAAAGAGGCCGACCCAGAAAGAG